AUGCUCCUCAAUUUUGUGAAGGUGGUACCUCUCAAAUAUAAGAUGUACAAUGAUAUAAAAAAUACAUCACCUUUUCAAAACAAGAAAAAUUAUCAACAACUGACCGAUGAGUAUUUGGUACGCCUACCCAGGGUGACGUAUAACCUUCUCAGCUUUGGGAAUUGGACCAACGUUUCUGUAUGCGCGGCUCACUGCCUGACUUUGAAGAAGGCCGGCGGCUCGUGCAAACAUGGCAUGUGCCAUUGUCGGAAGUGA